AAAUUAUAUACAACAUCUGCAAUGAAUCUAGAAUUAAUCGACUCAGUUCCUGCUUCCACUCCUGGAAAUGAUCACCAAGAAGAUAUUUUUGGAAGCAAAUUUAAGCCAUGGGAUGAUAAUAUUGACAAUUUCCUUUGGUCACCGGUGAUGAAGAUCAGCUGUACCAACAAAAAUACCAAAUCCAAAUAGAAAUAAAAAACUUAAAAAUACAAGUACAGGUUCAGACAGUAAAACAGAAUUGCAAAAAUAAGAGAGAGGACCUGAAGAAAACUCUCAGCCCAUCUGGUGGAGCCAAGCCUCAAGAGUCUAAAAUAUCUCAAAGUUGCAAAAAUUCGUUGACUAUACUUCCAUUGAAGAAACCUAGCAACCAGAUGCUAUCAAAAAUUAAUGAAGAGCUUAAAUUUCUAAAACAGAAGAAAGUGGAAAUGGUUUUCAACAGAGACUCUUACUCCACAAAUAAUAAACUAAAGCCCUAUAAAAAAUCUAAAAUUGAUCCCAAGUUCCUAAAAAUGUCAAAAGAGUCAACUAAGAGAAAUAGCCUUUUGCAAAAAGUGGGACAAAAAAGUUUAGAGAAAAUAAACCAGAUUCAGAGCCAUUCGGUGAUACAGAAAUUGCAGAGACUUUCGAAAAUGAAUGAAAGAAAGGCCGCAAGAUAUAAAUAUAAUCUUAAACAGAGUCGCAAUGAUGAAUCAGAUAGACCGAGAAUGCAAAUAAGCCGUUCUAGUAACACAAAGAAACUAAAAAUUAACAAAAGUUGUGUUGAACUGCUUCCCUUUAUGGAAAGUAAGGACUCCAAACUAAGCAAAGACCUUGACCCCAACUUACCAAAGCCCAACUACAAACUACGUAUUCCCAAUUUUGACUCUCUGAGCCACACUUCCAAAAUCCUCGGCAAGCAUAUCCCUCUUCAUAUGCUCCAAGGACACUUGACAAAGCCUAAAAAAGCAGGCCUGAACAUAACUCCUCACAACUUUCUAUUCAAAGUUGAGGUCAAGACCAAAGGAGUUUCAGGCAAGAAAUCCUAGCCGGUUUAAACCAUGCACUGAAGUGUUGAGGAAUCAAUUUAUGCGAGUGGGUC